AUGAAAAACGUUUUCUUUUGUAUUUUGGUACUCACUGCUAUUUUCACAAGUUCUGUCUUCGCUCAAGUGAAACCAGAGGAAUUUUUACUCAAGCUUGGUUACUUGAAAGAAAAGUCAGGGAGUAACAGAGCAGAGAAUCCGACCCCUGAGGAAAUGCAGAAUGCAAUUUUAAAAUUUCAGAAGUUUAACGGAUUGCCAGAAACUGGAAGACUCGACCCAGAAACGGAGAAAACAAUGAAGGAACCAAGAUGUGGGGUCAAAGACAUCAAUGAUGAAUUCGCUGAAUACACUCUAUAUACCAAAUGGCCGAAAAAGACAAUCACUUGGAAGAUUCACAAAUACAGCACAACGUCAAAAUUGUCUCCUGCCGAACAAAAUGGUGCUAUAAGACGAGGCCUCGAACGGUGGGCACAAGUAACUCCACUGGUUUUUCAAGAAACAAAAGGCAAAGCUGAUAUUGAUAUUUCAUUCGAGAAAAGGAGACACGGAGAUGGAAUACCAUUUGAUGGAAAGGGUAAGUUGAAAGAAAUGCACAAGGAACAUUCUUUCUUUCUUGCUUACUUUCUUUCUUUCUUUCUUUCUUUUUUCUUUCUUUCUUUCUUUCUUUCUUUCUUUUUUCUUUCUUUCUUUCUUUCUCACUUGCUGUCUAUUCCCCCUCUCUCUCGUAUUACUCGAUGUCCCCCUCCUCUCUCAAUAUUAUUUCUUCUUUCUACAGCACUUUUCUCUUCUCCUUCCUCGUCUCGUUCUUCUUUCUAUCGCCUCUUUCCUUUAUCACCAUACCCCUCCUCUUUCUUUUAUACAUUCUUUUUCUUUCUUUCUUUCUUUCUUUCUUUCUUUCUUUCUUUCUGUUUUCGCUUUGAUUUCGUUUUGUCAACAACUUAUUUCUUUGUCCCUUUCUUUUCUGCCUCUUUCUCAUAUUUUGUUCAUCCUCCUCACUCAGUAUUUGUUCUUCUUUCUAUCUCCCUUUUACUUUCUCCUCUUCCUUCUCCACCUCUUCCUAUGUGCCAUACUGUUCUUCUUUCUAUCGCCUCCUUCCUUUAUACUCUUCUUCUUCCUCCUCCUCCCCUUUCUUUCACCCACUCUCUUUUCUCCCUCUUUCUCAACCCAUUUUCUUCCUCCUAUUUUUCCUUCGUCUUCCUUCUCUUCACCACAUUUUGUUACUUUUUAGCCCAUGCUUUCUUCCCUCAAAAUGGUGACACCCAUUUUGAUGACGACGAAAUCUGGAUCAACGGAAAAUCGGGAGGGACUGAUUUGGAGACAGUCGCUGCUCAUGAAUUCGGCCACGCCCUCGGCCUUAGACACUCAGAAAAUCAAAGAUCACUAAUGGCACCAAGAUAUCAAUUGUUUCCCGAUAACUUUAAACUUCACUGGGACGAUAUUGCAGGAAUUCAGAGACUUUACGGCAAGAAAUCAACAAAGGUAACCACCGGUAACCCCAGAAGUACCACCCCUACAAAGACCACACCCAGAACGACCACACCAAGAAGGCCUCCAACAACACGCAGAACUGUUACAAACAGACCAACAGGAGGCACAGGAUUUUGUAAUCAUCCCUACGCAAACAUUGACGCAGCCAUGAGAAUUUCUGGAAACGACUUUGUUUUUGUUGACUACCGCUAUGUUAUCGACGGUCGAAGUGGACAUAAAAUGGAAAUCUCCAGCCUCUUUCCAGAUGGCCCUAAUAUGGUACAAGCCGCUGUAUAUUCUGAACAGGUCCAAAAAGCUUAUUUGUUUAGCUAUCAGAAUGUUUGGGCCUACAGUCUCGAUUCAGCCGGCCGAUUCCAUUUGAGCAAGAAUUUUCCCAAACGUAUUUCCAACAAUUACGGUCACAAUCCAGAAAGUGUGAUAAAUUUCAAUCAUGGCGCCGAAAGACUAUUUCUCAUUAAGAAUGGAUUCUUCAUGGAAUUCCAUCCCUACGACGAAAGCCUAACUCCUGGUAGAGGAUAUCGAACACGUGACUUUUUUGUAAAUAUUCCAAAUGAGAUCGACGCAGCCAUAUCUUCCAAUGAUGAAGUCUACUUCAUCUCGAAAAAUAAGGCCUACAGAAUGUCCAGCAGAGAGCGGAAGGUUGAUAUCCAAGGAAAACCAGUCAAUCUAGCUUUUAACAAAUGUCGAAAUUAA